AUGUUAACAUUCAGUACAUUUGGUGACAAUCAAAUCUACUGCAACUCUAAAGGAGAAGUAUUGUUGAUUGAAAACGGAAUCGCUUCUAAACAAACAGAAAUUCCUCCUUUCUAUAAACAAUUAAAUUUUCAGCCAUGUUUUAUAAUUGGGUUAUUGAAAUUAAAACUUAAUAGUUAUAUCAUUGUCAUUGAUGAAUAUGAAAAAGUCGGAGAUAUUUUAGGUGAUUCCAUUGGUAAAAUGAAAGGUUAUAAGAUCUUACCAUUACACAAAAUCAAUUCAAGUAGCGAAGAAAAAGAAUAUUUGAAAUUAAUCAAGGAACAUUUGAAUAAGAAUUGUUUCUCUUUUUCAAUUGAUGGUAAGACUGAUUUAACUAACAAUUUCCAAAACCAAUACACAAAGAAUUCAAGUAUCAACAAGGAAUUUUUCUGGAAUAGUUAUAUGGUUGAAAAAUUCCAUGAAUUAUCCAGUGGACUUGAAGAUUUUGUCACUCCAAUUAUUAAUGGUUAUGUUAGAAGUGAAGUUAUUGAUUUCGCCGGAUCUUCCCAACAAAAGAUGUCUUAUAUUUUAAUUACUAGAAAAUCCAUCAAUAGAUCAGGUACAAGAUAUUUUAGAAGAGGUAUUGAUGAAAAUGGUAAUGUUGCAAAUUUCAAUGAGACUGAACAAAUUAUCAUUUCCAAUAAUCAACUUUUGAGUUUCUUACAAAUUAGAGGUUCAGUACCAAUUUAUUGGACUGAGGUUAACAAUUUGAGAUAUAAGCCAAAUUUGAUUAUUUCCAGUAAGAAUUCCAUUGACGCUACUGUUAAACAUUUUACAAAAUCAGUUGAUCAUUAUGGUGAUGUUUAUUGUAUCAAUUUAGUCAAUAACAAAGGAUAUGAAUUACCUGUUAAGGAUAGCUAUGAAUCCAUCGUCAAUAGUUUACCUCCAAAAUUAGCUGAAAAAGUGUUUUAUAUUUACUUUGAUUUCCAUCAUGAAUGUAAAAAUAUGAAAUUUGAAAAUACUGAAAAAUUGAUUGAUAUCAUUAAAGCUAAAGGAUUUGAUUAUGAUAAUUACUUCCAUUAUGAUUUAUCUAAUAAUAAAGUCCUUAAUUUACAAUCCAAAGUAAUUAGAACCAAUUGUAUGGAUUGUUUGGAUCGUACUAAUGUUGUUCAAUCAAUGUUUUCACGUUGGAUUUUACAACAUCAAUUGAUUUCUUUAGGUUAUUUGAAAGAUUCUUUGAAUAGUUGGAAAAAUAUUGAUAAACCUUUCAACUUCAUUUUCCAAAAUAUUUGGGCUGAUAAUGCUGAUAUGGUGUCAAAAUCAUAUUCUUCCACUCCAGCUUUGAAAACUGAUUUUACCAGAUUAGGUAAAAGAACUUUCGGUGGUUCAUUAAAUGAUUUACAAAAUUCCAUUAUUAGAUAUUACAAUAACAAUUUAAGUGAUGGUUCAAGACAAGAUUCUUUUGAUUUAUUCUUAGGUAAUUUUAAACCUUAUCAAUCACCAGAAAAUCCUUUCAUUGAUUAUAGACCAAACUACAUUCAAUUAUUACCUUACUUAUUAACAACUUCAAUAUUGAUAUUAGUGUCAUUAAUCUUUUACCCUAAGGGUUCAAUUUUUUCUAUCAAAAAUUUAUUAACUAUAACAUGUUGUUUAUUAUUCCAAUUUAGUUCAUUUAGAUUUAUCAUGAAUAAUUCUUACCAAUAUGUUAAUUGGCCAAAUUUAAUGGGUUUAGGAUUUUUGGUCAAAUCCAAAGUUACUGAUGCUAAUGGUAACGUUAUUGGUUUCAAAUUUGACCAUUCCAAAGACUUUAAAAUCCAAUCUAAGAAGAAGAAUUAA